AUGGAGAAAUGGAAUCAAACUUCAAGUGAUUUCAUUCUGUUGGGGUUGUUGCCUCCAAAUCGAACGGGACUGCUUCUCUUGCUCCUUUUCAUCUUCGUGUUCUUUCUAGCCUUGUUUGGAAACUCAGCAAUGAUACACCUCAUCAGGGUAGAUUCCAGGCUCCACACUCCCAUGUACUUUCUCCUCAGCCAACUUUCCCUCAUGGACUUGAUGUAUAUCUCUACCACUGUCCCUAAAAUGGCAUUCAACUAUCUCUCAGGUCAAAAGAGUAUCUCUUUCCUGGGGUGUGGAGUACAAAGCUUUUUCUUCCUGACUAUGGCAUGCUCUGAAGGCUUACUGCUGGCCUCCAUGGCCUAUGACCGCUAUGUGGCUAUCUGCCACCCGCUCCAUUAUCCCAUCCGCAUGAGUAAAAUUAUGUGUUUGAAGAUGAUCAUAGGAUCUUGGAUACUAGGCUCCAUCAAUUCCUUGGCACACACAGUCUAUGCCCUUCACAUUCCUUACUGCAAGUCGAGGGCCAUCAACCAUUUCUUCUGUGAUGUCCCAGCCAUGUUACCUUUAGCCUGUAUGGACACCUGGGUCUACGAGUACAUGGUGUUUGUGAGCACAAGCCUGUUUCUCCUCUUUCCUUUCCUUGGGAUCACUGCUUCCUAUGGUCGGGUCCUUUUUGCUGUCUCUCGUAUGCGCUCAAAAGAGGGAAGAAAGAAAGCUUUCACCACCUGUUCAACACAUUUAACAGUGGUGACAUUUUACUAUGCACCUUUUGUCUAUACUUACCUUCGGCCUAGGAGUCUUCGUUCACCCGCAGAGGAUAAGAUUCUGGCUGUGUUCUACACCAUCCUCACUCCCAUGCUCAACCCCAUCAUCUAUAGCCUGAGGAAUAAGGAAGUCUUGGGGGCCAUGACAAGGCUGUUUGGGAUCUUCUUCUCUACGAAAAAAUGA